AUGGGAUGCACCCCAAGUAUGCUGUUGGACCAUAAAAGUCGAAGGCGGGACAGCACCGGGUCCCAGGAGGCUGCCUUGGCUAAGGUGGCCCCGACUCCUGUGUGUCAGAACAAGGCUGUCCAGGCUGCGAGAGCUCCGAGGGCCUCUCUCGAGUCCGACGGCUUCAGCAUACAGUUAUCAAGCAAAAAGGACAGUUAUGUCUCCCAAAUGGGGAAUAACUUCGCCACGCAGCUACACAUCAAGCGCAUUUCGGGUCGGGAAUUAAACUUUGGACCUCCGUAA